GUUGUCAUGUCGCGUCGUUAUCCCUUAUACUGAAUGCUAAUUGUGCUCGGCCGUGAUCAAGCUCACAGGGGAUGAUGCUUCGUUGCUGAGAUACCAUUCCGGGUGGAAAAACGGCAAAUGAUCUGGAAAUGGGGCACAACAACAGUGAUAUGGAAGAGACGGUCAGGAUGGCCUUUCCGAUCAGUAGAAAUCGAGAGAACAGGACUGGUGUGGGAUCCUCGAGGCGCGUGGAGACCAGUACCUCUACGAGCACCAUACCUUCUCACACUGGCGGCUUUCUUGCUGCUGACGGCAAUCGCUGUUGAGGUUUGUCGUCAGUACAGUGAUAGAAUUGGCUGGCUCGUACGCUACAAGGAUGCCAGCGAUCUUCCCACAACUGUGUCAGUGACCUACACCAUUGUUCCAACAGCCAUAGCGCUGGUCGCUGUGAACCUAUGGGAGUUUAGUUCCUGUGAUGUGAUGCGACUCGAGCCUUACUUUCAGCUGGCCAAGUCGCGAGGAGCCUCAGCAACCGUACUCUUCACAAACUACAGUUUUUGCUACGGUAUCUUUGCGCCUAUAACCGCCGCGCGCAACCGGCACUGGAUUGUUCUUUGCGUGUCGUUCAUGUCUUUGGUCCUCCGGAUGCUUUUACCCUCCCUAUUUUCUGGGCUAAUAGUGAUGGGUGAGCUGAACCUGACUGAGCCCAAGACGAUAGAAACAUGGCCGGCCCUUCUCGACUUGCCAACCCAAGAGGCGUGGAUGGCAACGGAAGCAUCUGGCCGCGUCGAAUUUCGUCAAGAUACUGAUCUUUCGUUCUUUCGAUCACCCCAUUACGCAGCCGCACCACUUUCAAUGCCCGUGGAUGACGAGAAUGAUACAUCCAUGUUGCGCCUGAACGAAACCAUAUAUUGGGCGAAUCUGACUUGUGUGGACACGCCUCUGAGUGGGAUUACGCCAACGAGGCACCCUACGAAUCGAAACAGUUUAGAUGGCGUACAGACACUUUCAUGGAAUAUGCACAAUAUAUCCGUUCCAACUAUGAGUGAUAGUGAUAGUACUUCAGGCUGCUCGAUUAACUUCGCACUCGACAGCGUCGUACCCACCGACAGUGAUCGCUUUCAGCUUCGCUAUUGGGAGCCAAGUCAAUCCAGCAGGAAUACUAACGCCACCUCUGCAUUUUCUGGCAGCAGCUGCGGUUCGCUCACAUUGUAUGGCAUAUUGAUUGAAGGGAAUAUAUUGAAAAAUAACUCUAUGCAGACUCCAAAGGCCACGGCGUUUGCUUGUAUGGCCACUUAUCAUUACGCCGAAGCGGAGGUUUUCAUCGCCACAAACACAUCAAUCGUCGCAGCUCAAAUCCAACAGGACACCGUGAGCAGCCUCAGUCCGGCUGAGUUCAGCAUCGACAAGUUUGAGGAUCAAUUCCGCGUCGGGGCUCGCGCGUCAGGUAUGCAGAGAACUGUGAACACUACCAGCUCGUCCAGCCUCCAAGUGACUGGGACCGUAUCUAAGUUCAUAGAACUCGAACAGUAUCAGCAAAAGCUGCGAGAAUUGUGGAAUCAUCGCUUCCUUGUGACGAUGAACAAAAUGUUCGAUCCUACACGACCUACCAUGACCUAUGCAGAACAGCAGAGUGUCUCAGUCAUCCUUCAAAUGUUGCCCGACCCUGCGGUUCAUGCGGAAAUCAUGCUAUGUGUAGCUUCUAUCUUGCUCUCCUUUCUAGCUCUUGUCUACCCGCGGCGCCCUAACUUUCUUCGAAGCGACCCGGGGUCAAUUGCUGCGCAGUGCGCGAUCGUUGCGAAUCUGUUCAGUCCAACAAUCGCACUAGCUCGACCUGAUACAGAUUUUGAUCAAGCCACCACCAGGCAACUUCUCCAAUGGGCUAAGGGGUUAUGGUGCCGAUGGAGCGGAGGGCCAAAGGAACCUAGGUUGGAGAUUGUGUCACUUGAUGGAAAUCCAGUACCUCUUUCCACAUGCAAGUCCCGGAGAAAGAAGGAUUUCAUGCCACACUUCCUAAGAUUACCGUUGUUUUUCAUUGAAUGUUUAUGGCUAGCUCUAGUACUCGCUUUGUUUGGGCUAUCUCUUCGAUAUCUUCGUAUGGACAAUCCUGACUCCAUGACCGGGCCCCAGGUAGUAUUGUAUGUUUCGAUGCUCUUUGUCCCAACUAUAGUUGCCUCCACGAUCAGCGUGCUUCUCGCGUCAGUGCUUCGACACCUCAGCGUCCUGGAGCCGUGGACUCAGUUACAGAAGGGACUGGUGACAGCGAGGCAGUCGCUGUUGAUGAACUAUGGCUGUCAAACUUCGUUUGCGGUGCUUUGGAAAUGCACGCGCCGUGGCCCUCGCCUCCUUGUCAUCAUCUCACUGGCCUGUAUUCUGGACUUGUUCUUGACGCUUAUGAGCGGUGGCCUGUUUGAGCCACAAGUAAGACAACAUUCGACGGCUGCUUCUGGUUUAUUUGCGACAUACAACCUGUCCACGCUUUCAAGACAACCGCAUAGCCCUGUAUUGGAUAGCUACAGUUUUAUUCCCAGCAGUAUCACAAGGGAUGCCCCCUUCCUGCCGUGGACUACGUCGAACUACUCAUUUGUGCCAAUUUUCAUUGAUGGACCGGAAAGCGAUCGUACUUCUUAUACAGCUUCCACACGUGGGAUCGGUGUUGAUCUGAUAUGCGAAAGCUUUCCAUCUAGCAAUCAAUGGAUCGAUAGUGAUUCAGGGAAGCCAUACUGGCGUUAUACACCUUUCAAUGGUAGCACGGAAUCUGCCUGCUCUGUAGAGGCGCCAUGGACAGCCUCAGAAUACCCCGAGGGAUUUAUUUAUUAUCUGGCGCCAACGGGGUCCUCCGCACCAACGGAAUGCGAGAGGUCCACACUCGUGGUUCUUGCGCGUUGGCAUAAAAUGACACGGACAUCGCUGAACAAUGACAGCACAGUUGCAUUGCACUGUCAGCCGACAAUUCACAUCCAAGAUUUCGUGGUCCAGUUCGACCACUCUGGCCAUGUAGAGUCUUACGAGGCGGUGCCCGGAAGCUCGAUCACUGACGGUGCACUUUAUCAGAAUGCGUCUGAUAUCCUGGGACAAUUUAACAUGGCGUUUACGCACUCAAUUGAAGCACUCCCUGCUGGUCCAAAUUUAUCAUUUUACCAGUAUGACUGGCCCGGAGUUUUGACGGCACGCAUGAUAGAGAAAUUGAACCCAAGUUCGGGUUCUGUGGACCCUGCACUUCUGAUCAAUGCCGUCCAGCUUACCUACCGAACAGUCUUUAGCACCUACUUUACACUCUGGCGAGAUUUGUAUCUUCAGCGUUUGCCCCAGUCUCAUUCCAUCGCCGUCGACGGGACAGUCACUCAAGGCAUGUGGGGUAUACUACCAUCAACGCCGUCAAUUCUGAUUGUCAUCAUUCUUGUAUCGCUGGAUGUUCUGCUGAUGGUCGGUGUAUUUGUCGCAUACCGUGGGCGAUUCAAUGCACCGCGCAUUCCCAAAUCCAUUGGCUCGCUCAUCCCAUGGAUUGCACAUAGCCAGAUGAUGCGUGAUUUCGAGGACACUCAUUCGUGGACUGAAGUACAGCAACGGGAGCAUUUGGAAGAAAUCGGUCGGACAUAUAGCUUGGGAACCUUUCCGCGCCCAGGGGGUGUGAGCAGGAUAGCAGUCGAUUAUAACGAUGACGGGCAAGCAUAUGAGUUGUAUGAUAUGCCGACCUCCGGCAUGGUGUCGUCGGAGUCGACUGCCCAAGAGUCACAACCAGGUCACCCGGAGCUCAGUCGUACGCCAUAGAGUGGAUAGUUGGACUGCACUUGUAUGGACCACGGAUGAAGCUCAGUGGGCCACGCAUAAUAGUGAGCAGGCUACCGAGUCUUUAUUCCUAUACAAAGAUGCUUCCGCUAUAUUUUCCCUAGCUGGUUGCUCUCCAGUUACCUUUUGGGUCUUAAAUGACUGAUGCUGUCUCAAUCUUUUAUAAUUUCUCUCUCUAUACUAAUGUAAUCAAGAUACCCUGUUAAUUGAUAUGU